GAGAGAAAGAGAGAGAAGGGAGAGACAGAGAGGGGCUGGAAUCAACCUUGGCUUCCCCGGGGUUCCAGAGCCAAAAUGCCGCAGGUGGAAAUGAUCCUCCUCUUCCUCACACUCAUCUUUGCGAUGUGUGUGUACUGCCAGGACCCGGCUUCCAAGGUGGUGACGGACCGCUACGCCGUGUACUGGAACCGCACCAACCCCAAGUUUUACCGCGGUGACUACCACAUCGACGUCUGCAUCAACGACUACCUUGACGUCUACUGUCCGCACUACGUCGGCCCGGUGUCCGACGAGCGGGCCGAGCGCUACGUCCUCUACAUGGUGAACUACGACGGCUAUAGCUCCUGCGACCACACCGCCAAGGGCUUCAAACGGUGGGAGUGCAACCGGCCUCUGUCGCCCAACGGACCGCUGAAGUUCUCCGAGAAGUUCCAGCUCUUUACGCCCUUCUCCUUAGGCUUUGAGUUUCGCCCUGGCAGAGAGUAUUAUUACAUCUCCUCCAUCACCGACGACAAGGGAAGAAGAAGCUGCCUUCGACUCAAAGUCUUCGUCAGGCCUCAGAACAAUUGUGUGAAAGCCCCCGGGACCGUGCAGGAAGGGGUCGAUUUCGAAGACAACAAUCACAACUCUCUAGAACCCAGAGACGGCAUCGGUCACGAGUCGCCGGAGCCGGCGAGAAGAGACGUGAACUCCGUUGGUCGGCGCCAGAUUUCCGUCCUGCUGCUCAGCUCCGCCCUCAUACUCCUGGCUGCCAUUUUGUCCUUAUAGCGCCCAGUCUGAGGACUCCCCCAGGAACUGGACUGUCCUGAUUGGACCACAGGUCGCCCUACCCUGCAACCCCUCCCCUCAAGGAGCACUUUUAAAAAAAAGAAAAAAUUAAAAGAAAAAAUAAAAAAGAAGAAGAAGAAGAAGAAAAACACUGACGUCUCUCGAGGUGAAACGAGAGAAGAAGGGACUUCGACGCUGAAGCCUUUUGGUGUUUUUUUGACUUGCCAACAUUAAGUGGUUCUUGACUUUCUGGUGGGUGCUGAUGGACAAGGCACCCCGAGGUGAAGGAGGCCUAGUCUCUUAACUUUCCGCCUCGCUGCCGUCCACAGUAUGCAGAUUUUCUUUGCGUUAAAAACAAGCACACAUCAUGCUUACAGACAUGUAUACACACACACACACACACACACACACACAGAACACAAAUGACACAAUCAGUACACUCUUUAGCGUGAUUGGUAAAGAAGCACAGCAGGAUCCCGCAAACGUUUACAGACUUUUACCAUUGCAUUUGUGUUCAGGAACGCGUCACCUAACCCCUCGACAUACAACAUGAUUAAAUCUCACAUCAAAGUGGAAGAGGUUUCGAAGAAGAUCCGGGAGCGAAGCAUCGCGCGCAGGCCAACGGAAUGGAAAAUUGCUGUUGUUGCUAGGAGACUGGUGCCAAAGGCGUGGGGGGGGGAGUACGGGGUGGGCCUUUGAUAACUUAACCUUCCUCUCAGGUUAAAAAGGUGCCGGAGGACCCAUGUUGAGAGUGAAAAAAGAAAUCUUUUAGUGUUCGGAUAGAGCCGAUUUAAUGAUCGGUUAAUGUGUUUUUUUUUUGUGUUUUUUUAAUAAUCACCUAAUUCAAUUGUAGCAGCCAUCACGGGUGUAUAGUAAAAUAUUCGAACGGAGCGUAGAAGUGGAUAUGGUAUUUUGCCAGGCGAAAUGUAUUUUCCUAUUUAUUGUGAAGUCCUCGUGCUUUCUUUCUGUUCUGGUUUUAGUCUGCGAGUACAAACACUAGAAAAGGCAAUAAAAACAACCACACUUACCCCUUAAGUUAGUUUGCAUAUUACACCGUUUUUUGAUACAAUCAUACAAAAAAACACUGAGUACCGUUUAUCUAUCUGUUUGCUGAUGAUGGUCUUUUAAUUGUUUUUAACAAAGUCAAGGAAGACGAAAAAAAAAAAAAAGAAAAGUCUGAUGUGCUAUCAGGGUGUAGAAAUCGUAGAAUGUUUGUGUUUGGAUUUUGUCAUUAAAAAUGUCACAAAUGUA